AUGAGCUUUGGGGGUGGUCACUUCGGCGACGGCGUGGUGGCUGGCGGCAUGCAGUUCCCGUACUCCGGCGCUGGCCCGGGCGUCUUCACGUCAUCGCCGGCGCUCUCCCUCGCGCUGGUGGACGCUGCAGGCCGGGGCGGCAGCGGCGGGAAGAUGGUUACGGUGAUCCAUGGCGCGAAGGCUAGGGACGCGUCGGAGGUGGAAAACGAGAUGAGCCGGUCCGGGAGCGACCACCUCGACGUCGUCUCCUGCGGCGACGUGGGCGGCGGUGGCGGCGGCGACGAGGACGAGGACGAGGACGCCGAGCCCGGCAACCCGCGAAAGCGGAAGAAGCGCUACCACCGCCACACGCCGCAGCAGAUCCAAGAGCUGGAAGCGAUGUUCAAGGAAUGCCCCCACCCAGACGAGAAGCAGCGCGCGGAGCUGAGCAAGCGGCUCCGCCUCGAACCCAGGCAGGUCAAGUUCUGGUUCCAGAACCGGCGCACGCAGAUGAAGAUGCAACUGGAGCGACAUGAGAACGCGCUGCUGAAGCAAGAGAACGACAAGCUGCGCACCGAGAACCUGUCCAUCCGGGAGGCCAUGGCGAACCCGGUGUGCGGCGGCUGCGGCGGCCCUGCGAUGCUUGGGGAGGUGUCCCUCGAGGAGCACCACCUCCGCGUCGAGAACGCGAGGCUCAAGGACGAGCUCAGCCGAGUCUGCGCGCUAGCUGCCAAGUUUCUUGGCAAGCCGAUUUCUCUCAUGGCGCCACCAAAGAUGCAUCAUCAGCCACAUCCUAUGUCAGGCUCGUCGCUGGAGCUUGCAGUCGGAGGUAUUGGCCCGAUGCCAUCAGCCACGAUGCCCGUCUCGACGAUCACUGAUUUUGCUGGCGCCAUGUCCAGUUCAAUGGGCACGGUGAUCACGCCCAUGAAGUCAGCUGAGGCUGAACCAUCAGCAAUGGCUGGCAUUGACAAGUCCUUGUUCUUGGAGCUAGCAAUGAGUGCAAUGGAUGAGCUAGUUAAGAUGGCGCAGAUGGGAGAGCCGCUAUGGAUUACAGGUGCUUUCGGAGCUGCCUCUCCUGCGAAGGAGAGCUUAAACUUUGAGGAGUACCUAAACACCUUCCCACCAUGCAUCGGGGUGAAGCCUGAAGGGUAUGUAUCUGAGGCCUCUAGAGAGUCUGGCAUUGUCAUCAUUGACGACAGCGCCGCGCUUGUGGAGACCCUCAUGGAUGAGCGACGGUGGUCCGAUAUGUUCUCAUGCAUGAUUGCCAAGGCAUCAACCAUUGAGGAGAUUUCCACUGGUGUUGCUGGGACUAGAAAUGGUGCAUUGCUUCUUAUGCAGGCAGAGCUACAAGUGCUUUCACCUCUUGUGCCUAUUAGAGAGGUGAAGUUUCUUAGGUUCUCCAAACAACUGAGCGAGGGUGCAUGGGCUGUAGUGGAUGUUUCUGCUGAUGGAUUCAUGAGGGAUCAAGGCAUAACUUCUGCAUCCACCACUGCAAACAUGAACUGCCGAAGGCUGCCUUCUGGUUGUGUGAUGCAAGACACUCCUAAUGGGUUUGUUAAGGUCACAUGGGUUGAACAUACAGAAUAUGAUGAGGCAUCUGUGCAUCAGCUCUACCGGCCUCUUCUCCGGUCUGGUCUUGCCCUUGGUGCAGGGCGGUGGAUUGCGACAUUACAGCGGCAGUGUGAAUGCUUGGCUAUUCUCAUGUCUUCUAUUGCAUUGCCGGAGCAUGACUCGAUAGCUAUCCAUCCAGAAGGGAAACGGAGCAUGUUGAAGCUAGCAAGGAGGAUGACGAAGAACUUCUGUGCAGGGGUGAGCACAUCUUCUGCUCGCGAAUGGAGCAAACUGGAUGGAUUGACAGGCAACAUUGGGGAGGAUGUGCAUGUAAUGGCACACAAGAGUGUUGAUGAACCUGGAAUGCCGCCAGGUGUGGUGCUUAGUGCUGCCACAUCAGUUUGGAUGCCUGUGAUGCCUCACCGUCUCUUCAACUUCUUGCGCAAUGAGGGGCUGCGGGCUGAAUGGGAUAUCCUCAGCAAUGGUGGCCCUAUGCAGGAGGUGACGAGCAUUGCCAAGGGGCAACAGGAUGGCAAUUCUGUAUGUCUACUGAAGGCCAGUCCCACCAACGCGAACCAGAACAGCAUGCUGAUCCUACAGGAGACAUGCGCAGAUGCGUCUGGUUUGAUGGUCGUGUACGCUCCCGUCGACAUCCCAGCAAUGCACCUUGUCAUGAGUGGCGGGGACUCGACGUGCGUCGCGCUUCUGCCAUCAGGUUUCGCCAUCCUGCCUGCUGGGCCGAACACCGGCGCAGACCACAAGAUGGGCUCACUGCUCACGGUCGCAUUCCAGAUACUUGUCAACAGCCAACCGACUGCCAAGCUCACGGUUGAGUCGGUAGAGACUGUGAGCAACCUGAUCUCCUGCACCAUCAAGAAGAUCAAGACAGCGCUGCGCUGCGACGUCUAAACCCCCCAAGAUGGAGGGGGGAACUUUUGGCCUUAGCUGGAGUGGCUGGCGAUGAGCCUGAGUCAAGAACGAACCGCGACAUAGAGGAAGGAAACCUUUGCUAGGUGGUAAGGACCUGCCCCGUCCGGUCCUUAGCACAGAGCAAUGGUGGUGGUUCGGGUAUUGACUCAGCCUCUCUCACGCCUCUGUUCUCUCCAGUUACUGGUGCAUGUUGAAGUGAACCUGCAAUUUGGACGCCAUGUAACAGGCCAAUGCUAUAUUUUUGUGUUCUUUUUGGCAUUAGGAAGUAGGGACGCGGGAGUCAUCUAUGCUUUUUUUGUUGGCUGGCUCAGUGUGUUGGGUGUCUAUGGUUUCUAGCUGUUGUUACAGGGAGAUGUGAUACGUUCUGUAGGAUGCACUCGUGCAAUAUUUAUGAUAUUAGGUUCUGAUCA